UCCAACCAACACAUCAUUUCAACACAACAUGCAUCAUUACAUGAUUUACCAGUACUAACAGCCCAAGUAGCACUCAGGUUACAGCAGCAUACCAUGGACCCGAUAUGCCCAAAUCUAAAGUUUGUCUGCUUGGAUCGGGUUGCUGAGUUUAUUGCAAACAAUCACAUUCAGAUUAUCAGCUUUCUACAACUACAAGCAUUUCCCUCUCGUCUCCUGAGAGACCUUGUGCCUAGGCUGAACGUGUGUGGCCUGGCGAGACUACAUCAAGUUCUCCAGGGGAAAGGCAUUGCUGUGCAGGAAUACUGGUUGAAGCAUUAUCAUCAGGCAUUUGACCCAGACAAUUUGGCGAGGCAUUGCUCUUGCCACGACAGCAGUUUGGCUAGUGUUGACUGGCGACAGAGGCUUCUUGACAAGAGGUGUGAGCAAGAGCUUCAGGAGUUGCGUCCCAUUAACAGCGACAGGACAGAAGAUCAAGACUCAUGGAGUUUGAAGAUUCUGGACAUUUUACAGAAUCCACUCCUCACUCAUGGACCUCUGGAUGACUUCUUUCCAUCUUCCCUGCUUCUUCAGAGCAGACUUCUUCCCUACAUUCAGAGGAAUGAAGAGAUUCUCGAGAUUCUGCAGAAGAACAUGAGAGAGCUGGUCCUUGCCCACUACCUGCCCAAAUAUGAGAGCAUCUUGCGGAAGUUCCUGGAGUGUCUGAUUCAUCAUGGGGUCCUGAGAAAGUUAACUUUAAAACACGCAAAGUUCCAGUCUCCAGCCCAGUUGUUCAGCAUCCUCGAAGUGUGUGCCGGAAGGCGAGACAGUACUGCUGAAAGGAGCCACGAGGAUGCGGCAGGGUCAGACCUCAAAAGGCAGAGCACUGACGGGUCUCUCCCAGUAUCGAAACCUUUCCACUGUCUGAGAUGCCAGUCUAAAUUGUCUUUCUUCAUGCCUUUGUAUGGCCAGAAGACUCCAGUUUCUAACACAAGGAGCCACUACCAAUUGAAAUGGGGCACCCAUCAACCAUUCUGUGUCGUAGGUCCAGACUUAGUUGCACUUGACCAAGAGUCUGAUCCAGCAAGCCAAGCCUCCGAAUAUCCUUCUGUCUCUUCCCAAAUCGACCUUUCUUGUAACAGUUCGUGCAGACCUAGUCAUCAGUGUGUCAGGACUACCGACCCCUGUAUAAAGCACCUGGUCAUGUGUGGUUUUAUCCUGCAUCAACCAGAUUACAGCCAGGUUCUAGAGGAGGUAUUCAGUGUAUGGCCAGGCCUAAGAGAACUCGAACUUAUUGACAAUGUGAUGUUAGAGGAUUCAAGUCACAAGAUACUGGCGGCACUGGUCCGUGCACAGCAGCUCACUCCCUCAUUUCAGAGGCUGCGCAUUGAGGAUAACUCCAUCCAGGACUCAAAUCUGCUGCUUCUGCAAGAUCUUUUGGCCAGAUCAAAACUCAAGACAUUGGAGUUGAAGAACACUGAUAUCAGUUUUCUUGCCAGUUACAAACAUCCAGACGUUGGUUUUGGUGCGCUGGGACAAUGGCAUCCGCUUAGUGAUGCUUUUAGUCAACUGAGUGCCAUCGAUCUGAGCCACAACAGACUGUUUUACCUGGCUUUCCUGGAGCAAGCUCUCACGCAGCCAGAUUGCACCAUUAAGCUUCUGAAUCUGGAAUGUUGCGAACUGGGGACGGAAAUGCUGGACAGCCUUUUUGUCAGUGCUAAAGACAGCAAAUGCCUGCGUGAACUAAAUGUGGCAUGUAACAAGUACUGCCCACACACUAACAGCCGGGCUAGUUUUUCAGGCCUUGCCGAGCUUAUACGAAAUAGUCCACUCACUAAAUUGAAUCUCAGUGGAUGCAGCUUUGCAUUAACAGGCUGGACCCAUGGCAAUGAUUUUGCAGAUGCCCUGCGUCUCGACAGUUCUCUCCAUCAAUUUCUGCUGGAAAGCAAUUUAUUGACCGACAAAUGUCUACAUCUGUUGGCCAGUGCCUUUGUGAACCCCCCAACAGACUUGAAUGUCCAAGCCCCGCAAUUGUGCUUAGACAUAAGUUUUAACAAGCACAUAACCCGCGAGGGGCUGGACACAUUCAGCCAAACACUCCAAAAAGCAAGCACAACACCAGGUUACCGAAUCACCCCUCCCCGCCACCUUACAAUCACGAUGGAAAGAGGUGAAAGCAGCACCAGAGAAGACUGGAAGAUGGCGGAGUUCAUGAAACUGACUGUCAGUCGUAAGGUACCAGUCGGACAAUGGUCUAACAGACGUGGGGGUUACAGGAGCCGGAGAUACGUCAUGAACUGUAGAGACCUGAUGAUGGAGCAUCAGUCACAGAUGUGAGGGAGACAACUUCUCCAACCUUAACCCCAGAGGUCACUUUAUUUACCACUUUGAUUCAGUAGUAACCCUGGCUAGAAAACCUUCGUCAUGUAUCUUGAUUUGACAGAAUAACGGCGGCUGAAUAAUUUGUAUCAUGUAUUUGGUACUGUUAAUCCCAACACAUGAUAUAGUAUUAAUGCUCACUGUGAAUUUUUGUGUUGUUUUUGCCUUUAACAAUCCCCCAUUUUCCUUUUUUGCUUAUAUUCGUAUGGAAUGUCAAACUGCCAUGCGUGGUUUACAAGAUGCUCACUUUUUCAAAAAUAAUAUUUACGGAUCCAUAAUGCUGCGCCAAAUUUACCAUUUUUACACCGCAUAUAUACACAACUGAACAUGGUGAUGGAACAGGUAGUCAUGAAAACACUGCUUGACACCAUAGGAUCAAAAUUACCUCUUCUCGCAUAGAGCUCUGGUUCAAUGCUUUGAACCUGAUGUUGGGACUAAUUUCUGGACACUACAAAGUAAUAGUAACAUUAAUAACACAGCAGUGUCUUUUCUGCCACACACAAACUGAAUGACAGUGCUACAUAAUCACAAGGUACAUAUAUAUUUCACAAUGACACUUGAAAUACUGUCUUAGGAGUGUUUGGGUUCUUGAACAGAUAUUUUCAUAUCACAAUGCCACAUUUUCAAACUUGAAUUGUUGACAUUGUAAAUCUGUUAUACAAUUACUGCAAAGCAAAUGAGUUUGCCAAGCUUUAAGAAAUUUGUUUUCUUGAAAACCAGGGUGCCGACAAAAGUGGUGAAGGUGUGUGCGUACUGUAUUACCAUAUGUACUACCACUUUUUGGCAUACUUUAUUAGUAAUCAACUCUCCAACCUUUUUCAGUCAAGAAAUGUCAGAGUUUACCUUGCAGAGGUUGCACAACGAUGUACUUUUUUCAUUGGUUAUACUUACUGUUGCAUUGCUGGCCUGUGUGAAACCACAGGUAUGAUCCCAGUUGCCUUAUGUUACCAGAAAAGUAAAUUCAGAGUAUUUACUUCUGCGACUCUUGGGGCAUGUGUUCUCAACUCGUGGCUGGUCCUGUUCUGGGCUUACCCCCUCGUUGAAAAUUGUGCCACUGCCAUGUAGAAAUCAGUAAAGCAAGACUAAUUC